AUGCCGGUGGUCCGAGUCCGAACCCAGCACCAAAUUCAGGAUAGGAGCACGCCGCCAAGCGCAAGACAGAUCGACGCCUCUUCAUCGAGCGAGUUUCCGAGUGAGGACUAUGACCGGGGCACGGGGCUGGUAACGAUGCAUGAUUCUUUGAUGCUGUUCGCAGAGUCUGGAGGUGGGCAGCCGCACCGUACGUCCGCAUACUUGACUCGAACAAGCUUAUCUACUCCUAAACGAACGUAUCCCGUGACACCAGCUGCGAUUGCAGCAGGCGUAGAAGUUCUGCGGUCCCUUCUUGAAUUCAGCGCGGACUUCCAUGAAUCUUUCUGGGUUCAGUACGAGAAUGAUACUGCAUGCCCACUCGAGCUGCCUCUAUCGGCGGAGAAUGGUGCUCUCGAGCUGGCCCUUUCUGGACACCGCUUACGCUGGGAGACCGUUGGCAUGUGUUUCAUACAAAUCGGGAUAUUCAGCGCAGCUGUGGGGACCAAGAGCCAUGUCUUCCAUGGCCGUUGGCAGCCAAACUUUGAUCGCCAACAGACUAUGCUCAUGGCAUUCAAUGCUUGUAUGCAAACUCGGGCAUUUUGCGAUCAAGUCGAACAAACGAACGACUUAACCCUGUGGCUAUUAAUGUCGGUAUUAACUUUUGCUUCGUGGUGCUUUGGCGACGAUUCUUCCCGUGUUUGGUCCUUAAUGGGCGACUUAUCAUCAGCUAUAACUGCUCUUGGCUUUCAUAAAGGGUUCAAAGGUGCUGAAUCAGGGCCACCAUAUCUAGUAGAGCUUCGCAAAAGAGUCAUAGCUCUUGCCCAUGAGCGCGACAAAGGGCUAGCAACGUUUGUUGGUCGGCCGCCCCGUCUUAGUCGAAGGUAUUAUGCAGUGGACCUACCACUUGACUUGCCAGACUCGAUUAUUAUAGGCCCCGUCGAGCAUUUCGAAGCUGCUAGAGCCAAACUUGACGAGAACGGCUGGAGUGGAGAUGUUAUGGUCAAUCCAGUUUCCCGUCUCCGAGCGAUUCUACUACUAAGUAUGAUCCGCGAGGAGGUUUUGGAACUAUCGCUUGGUCCACCGAUGCCUAAUAUUGCCCAACAAGCUAGACAAGUCUUGUCGAAACUAACUUCGACUUGGCACUCAAUUCCUCAUAAGCAAUACGAACAGUCAAUGCUCGACACCAUGUUACCGAGUGCGAUCUGGGUGGUUAUAGGUCCGCGGCUUGAAUAUCUUUAUACCAAGUUCCUCCUCCAUAAGCUGCUCAUUAGUCAAAACGAGGGCAACCGCGAUAAGAUGAUUCAUACUUCUCACGAAAUUCUUCAUUUAGCGCUAUCGCUGUUGAAGAAGAACGAUGUGAUAGCUACGCCAAAUCUAGAGGGGACAAAUCGUCAGCCAAAUCGGUCUGCUACCCUCAAUCGGUCGACUUUGAUUCAAGACAUAAGCGUGCUUAUCUCGUGCUGUGACUCGCUAGCCAUAUCUGGGCAGAGCAACUAUCAGAUCUGCAAACAAGCCCAGACGGUUUUUUCGCGAUGCCUAGACCAGAUUUUGAAUCCAAGUGCUGUAUCUUCUCACCGCUUAACGAGCGAGCCUGGAGGACCAGAAGAAGUGCAAGAACCUUUCUCUUUGGGCUCGAUGGACUUUGGUCUGACAGAUCUGUAUCCGCAAGACCCGGAAUGGUCUACGUGGCUCGAGUCUUUCGACUUGUACCAAACGUGA